AUACAAUGCAGCAGUAAAUUUUAUCUGCAUUUUAAAUUCAUUCAACUGCGCGUUGACUUCUUUUUUUGGCACAAAACUUCCUUGAUCUUUUUUUCUUCUCGUUUUGAUGAUCUAUUGGUUUUCUAGCUAAUGGAAACAUACGAUUCUACAGCGAUUGGGAUUGAUUUGGGGACAACGUAUUCUUGCGUUGGGGUUUGGCAAAAUGGAAGAGUUGAGAUUAUACCAAAUGAUCAAGGCAACAGAAUGACGCCUUCUUGCGUUGCCUUCACUGACACGGAGCGUUUGAUUGGUGAAGCUGCAAAGAACCAGGUUGUUUCCAACCCUGUCAACACCAUCUUCGGUGCAAAAAGGUUAAUUGGUAUGAGAUUCAGUGAUGUUGCUGUUCAGAGUGAUAUCCAGCACUGGCCGUUCAAGGUUGUUGCGGGUCCUCGUGACAAGCCCAUGAUUGUGGUUAAUUACAAGAGUGAAGAGAGGCAAUUUGCUGCUGAAGAGAUUUCGGCAAUGGUACUCCGAAAGAUGGGUGAGAUUGCUGAAGCUUUCAUCGGCAAAAGUGUGAAGAAUGCAGUGAUUACUGUUCCUGCCUACUUUAUUGACUCUCAACGGCAGGCCACAAAAGAUGCUGGUUUGAUUGCUGGUUUUAAUGUCAUGCGUAUUAUUAACGAGCCCACUGCUGCUGCCAUGGCUUAUGGUCUUGACAUGGAUAUAAACUAUGGUGAGAAGAAUGUGCUGGUCUUUGAUUUAGGGGGCGGUACUUGUGAUGUCUCGUUGCUUGUCAUUGAAGAGCGUAUAGUUGAAGUGCGGGCCACAGCUGGAGACUCUCACCUUGGAGGCGAGGACUUUGACAACAGAUUGGUGAAUUACUUUGUUCAGGAAUUCAAAAGGAGGAAAAAGAAGGACAUUAGUGGAGAUCCUUCAGCUCUUAGGAGGUUGCGAACUGCUUGUGAGAGGGCCAAGAGGAGUCUCUCACAUGAUGUUCAAACUAACAUUGAGCUCGAUUCAUUGUGUGAAGGUAUUGACUUUUGUUCCACCAUUACUCGUGCAAGAUUCGAGGAGCUGAACACGGAUCUCUUUAGAAAGUGUUUGCAGCUGGUGAACAAGUGUUUGAGGGAUGGUAAGAUGGAUAAAAACAGCAUCGAUGAUGUUGUUCUUGUUGGUGGUUCCAGCCGGAUUCCCAAGGUGCAGCUGCUAUUGCAAUACUUUUUCAAUGGCAAAGAGCUCUGCACGAGCAUCAAUCCUGAUGAGGCAGUUGCCUAUGGUGCUGCUGUUCAGGCUACUAUCUUGAGUGGCGGAGGCCAUGAGGAGUUGGAAAGAAUGAUACUUCUGGAUGUUUCUCCCCUGUCCCUUGGGUUGGAAAUUGCUGGCGGUGUUAUGGAUGCUGUGGUAAAAAGGAACACUACGGUUCCCACAAAAAAGGAGGGUCUUUUCUCCACCUACGCAGACAAUCAAACUGCUGUCUUGAUCAAGAUUUAUGAGGGAGAGAGAACAAGGACUAGGGACAACAACUUACUGGGAACAUUUGAGCUCUCUGGUAUUGCUCCAGCACCCAAAGGUGUUCCUCAGAUCAAAAUAAUCUUUGACAUUGAUGCAGAUGGUAUCUUGAUUGUAUCAGCUGAGGAUGAGACCAGUGGUCAGAAGAAAAGGAUCACAAUCACCAAUGACAGGGGCAGGUGGUCCGAAAAAGAAAUUCAGAAGAUGGUCCACGAGGCCGAAAGGUACAAGUCUGAAGAUGAAAAGCACAAGAAGUGGGCCGAGGCAAAGAAUGGAUUGGAGAUUUUUGUCCGCAACAUGAGAAUAACAAUUGGGGAUGAGAAGAGAAGUUCAAAGCUGGCCACAGGUGACAAGAACAAGAUUGAAGGUGCCAUUGACCAGGCCAUGAAGUGGCUGGAUGGCAACCAACUUGCAAGGAAAGAUGAUUUCGAUGGCAAGUUGGGGGAGCUUGAGAGCAUCUGCAAUCCAAUCAUUGCGAAGAUUUAUAGGAGCGAUGGUGCUUGUAUGGGUACGUUAAUGGAAGAUGAAGUUUCUCCAUCUGAUGGUUAUGGCACAUACGGAGAUGAAAAACCACGGGAGGACAUAGUGGAGAACGUACCAAAUGAUCAAGGUAACAGAAUGACCCCAUCUUGUGCUGCCUUCACUGGUAUAGAGCGUCUGAUUGGUGAUGCUGCUAUGAACCAGGCUGUUAUGAAUCCCAUCAACACUAUUUUCGACAUCUAUAUGUUAAAAGAUGCGAAAAGGUGGGUUGGUAGGAGAUUUAGUGAUACUUUUGUGCAGAGCAAUAUCCAACAUUGGCCAUUCAAAGUCCUUGAAGUUCCUCGUGACAAGCCCUUGAUUGUGGUCAACUACAACGGUGAAGAGAAAUAGUUUGCAGCUGAAGAAAUAUCUUCAAGGGUCCUCUUAAAGAUGCAUCAAAUUGCAGAGGCUUACCAUGGCACUGCGAUGAAGCUUGCGGUACUCAUUGCCCCUGCCUACUUCAAUGUCCCUCAACGACAGGCCACAGCUGAUGCAGGCAAGAGUGCUGGUCAUGUCAUGCAUAUCAUUAAUGAGCCCACUGCUGCUGCGAUGGCUUAUGGUCUUGAAAAGAGGGCAAUUAUUGUUGUUGAGAGGAAGUUUGACUUGGGUGGUGGUACUUUUGAUGUCACCCUGCUUACUAUUGAAGGGAAUAUCUUUUAGCUGAAGGCCACUGCUGGAGACUCCCACCUUGGAGGUGAGGACUUUGAUAACAGAAUGAUGAAGCACUUUGUUCAGGAAUUUAGGAAGAGGAAUAAGGAGAAGGAUAGCAGUGGAAGUGCCAUGGCCCUCAGGAGGUUGAGUACUGCUUGUGAGAGGAUGAAGAGGAGCCUCUCAUCCUCUACUCAAGCUAACAUUGAGAUGGAUUCUCUAUACGACGGUAUCUAUUUUUAUUCCAUCAUUACUCGUGCAUUAUUUGAGGAGCUAAAGGUAGAUCUCUCUGGAAAGUGUUUGAAGCUGGUGGAGAAGUGAUUGAGGGAUGCCAAGAUGGACAAAAGCAGCAUCGAUGAUAUUGUUCUUAUUGGUGGUUCCAAUAGGAUUCCUAUGGUGCAACAUUUAUUGCAAUAUUUUUUCAUUGGGAAGGAGCUCUACAAGAACAUCAAUCCAGGUGAGGCUGUUGCCUACGGUGCUGCUGUCUUGAAUGGUGAAGAAGAAGAUAAUGAGAAAAUGCAAGAUCUGCUGCUUCUGGAUGCAAUUCCGUCCUUGGGGUUGGAAACUGCUGGUGGUAUUGUGACUGUUUUGAUCCCCAGAAACACCACCUUUCCCACAAAUAAGGAAGAAGUUUUCUCCACCUACUCGGAUGGUCAGCCUGGUGUCUUGAUCAAGGUUAAUGAAGGAGAGAGAACAAGAACUUGGGGCAACAACUUGCCUGGCAUUUAGCUCUCGGGAUUUCCUCCAGCACCCAGGGGUGUUCCUUGGAUCAAGGACUUUGAUAUUGAUGCAAAUGGCAUCUUGAUUGUGUCAGGUGAGGAUGUAAUCAGUGCCAAAAAAGAGAUUGAGAAGAUGACUCAGAAGGUUGAGAAGUACAAGGCUGAAGAUGAAAAGCACAAGAACAUGGUAGAGGCGAAAAAUGUGUUGGAUAAUGCCUACAACAUCAGAAACUGCGUUGGAUAUAAUAAUAUCAGUUUGAAACUGGUUGAAGAAGACAAGAACAUUGAAGAUGCUCUUGAUCAGGUGAGCGAUGGGCUGAAUUGGAACGAGCUUGUCAAGACAAAUGAGUUGGAGGACAUGUUGAAGGAGCUUCAGAGUGUCAUCAAUACUAUCAUUGCCAAGAUUGAUCAGGGUGCUGGCAGGUUGCACGAUGAAGUUCCUCUGUUUGUUGGCAGCGAGACAGCUCCAGCCAUUGGAGAAAUUAACUAGGUUUGUCGAUCUUUUUGAAUAUUAUAACUAAGUAUGGUACUAUAUUUUUCAGGGAUUAUUUGACAUCUCCCCUUUCCUACGAAACA